AUGGACAGUAUCUUCAGCGAUGACGAGGAAUUCGACGCUUUCCGCGAUAAGCUUUUCGACGGGCAACUUGAAGAUGAGGUUAGUCCGAUAUUUACUUGCAAUUAGAAUUUGAACUUUGAUACUUUGUAGAACGAAAAGAUGGUUCCAAUGUUCGGGAUGUACGCACUUAUCAAAAUGAAUAAUGUGCAGAAACCGCGAGAAGAUCUCUUCUUGAGAGGAAUGGAACCACCUUCCGAUUAUCGAGAUCCGUAUGAGCAGAAUAGUUUAGAGCAGAAGAAACCUGUAUUAAAAGUGAGCAACUUGUCUUUUGUCCUUUUCGCUAGUUGAUUCUCUUCAGAAAGCUAUUUUUGCUGACGAUUUUUCGUUCUUCGGGAUGAAACAGAAAAAAAUUAAUUCUGAAGAUAAUAAAGCUUCAACAGCCAACGACUGCGUAUCCCUUCGAUCGAAACUGCUGGAAAAGCUGAAAGAGCAGGAUGAGGCCAAGAAAGCUGCCGACGAAAAAGAACGCGACGAAGAAGACGAAUAUGGGUACGUUAUUAAUUGUCAAAAUUCACAAUUAUGUCAAUGUUUUUAGACCUGCAACUUCGCACCGAAAGCCAUUUCAGCAGCGGGAGACAAAUGCCGACACCCCGAGACCGGUGCUUCGGAAAAGGAAACGAGCAGUUGUGAGCAGUUGGUGUGGCGAAGAUUCAGAUUCGGAGCGAGAGACGUGAGUUGUGCGCGAACGCCCAUCUGUCAACCUGCUCCAUUUCAGUCGACCACCCUCCCCAAACUUGCGUUCUCCGCGUAAGAAGAGAGUCUUCCGGGCAUGA